UCCUGCCUCCACCUCGGAUCAUGUACCAGGACUUCCCAGGGAACUUUGAUACCUCCUCCCGAGGCAGCAGCGGUUCCCCUGGCCACCUGGAAACUUACUCCAGCGUGACACCUCAACAGAAAUUCCGGGUAGAUAUGCCAGGAUCGAGCAGCACUUUUAUCCCCACUCUGAACGCCAUUACCACCAGCCAAGACCUCCAGUGGAUGGUCCAGCCCACUGUGAUCACCUCCAUGCCAAGUGCCUACUCUCGCCCGCAUCCGUACAGCCAUGCUCUGCCAAAUCUGUCUUCAGUUUCUGGCCAUGCAGCGCUUCAGAGACCUGGUGUUAUUAAAACCAUUGGGACCACAGUAGGCAGGCGGAGACGAGAUGAACAGUUGUCACCUGAAGAAGAGGAGAAGAGAAGGAUUCGAAGAGAGAGGAACAAGCUAGCAGCUGCCAAAUGCCGCAACAGACGCCGAGAGCUGACAGAGAAACUCCAGGCGGAAACAGAGGAGCUGGAGGAGGAGAAAUCUCUGCUGCAGAAGGAGAUUGCCGACUUGGAGAAAGAGAAGGAGAAGUUGAAGUUCAUGCUGAUGGCUCACGGCCCCAUGUGCAAGAUCAGCCCUGAGGAGCGCCGAACCCCACCUCCUCACAGCCUCCAGACAGUCCGGACUGGAGGGUGUGGGGCCAUAGUAGUGAAGCAGGAGCCGGUGGAGGAAGAGAUCCCCUCUUCAUCUUCUGACCUGGAAAAAGGGCAGAGGUCUGUCAUCAAACCCAUCAGCAUCGUCGGGGGCUUUUACGGAGAAGAGCCUCUCAACACUCCCAUCGUGGUGACCUCAACCCCUGCCAUCACUCCUGGCACGUCUAACUUGGUCUUCACCUACCCCAGCGUGCUGGAUCAGGAGUCUCCACUCUCCCCUUCGGAGUCGUGCUCCAAAGCUCACCGGAGGAGCAGCAGCAGCGGCGACCAGUCCUCGGAUUCCUUGAACUCUCCAACUCUGCUGGCGCUGUAACCUUCUCCCCUUCGCCCCCACUCUACCCCCUUACUCUGCGGGGGGGAGGCCCCUCCAUGAAAUCAAAG